AUGUAUGUCGACCCCGUGGAAGCAGGAGGCGAGCAACCCGGGUCUACAGCUUUCUGGUACAAGCUAGUCAUUAGUAUUGGCCUUGUCCUCGCAGGUGGUGUCUUUGCUGGGCUGACUCUCGGUCUCAUGGGAUUAGAUGAACUUCAUCUCCGUGUCCUCGCCGCAUCCUCGGAUGAUCCAAGAGAAAGGCAAAAUGCCCAGACAGGUUCGCCUGAAUUUCGAAAUUUUGACAGAAUUUUUACUGGGAAGUCUAGUUCUUCGCUUGUUGGCUCACCGCCGCCAUUGGGUGCUUGUGGUGCCUCAUGCGCUCCCAUUGUUUUGGGGAUGAUGUAUCUCUUUGGUGCGUACUUUACAAUCGUUCCCGACACGAUCUUGAAUUUGGUUUUGGAAGCUCCUAUUGCGUAUCCUAUAGCAAAGCUCCUUGACUAUAUUCUCGGAAUCAACGAAGCUCACACAUACAAAAAGGCAGAGCUCAAGUCUUUUCUUGCGUUCCAUCGUCAGGGAGAAGAGCCGCUGAGGGAUGAUGAAAUCAGUAUUCUCAACGGUGUCCUUGAACUUAACAAUAAACAUGUCGAAUCCAUCAUGACUCCUAUGGCGGAUGUAGUGACCAUCAGUUCUGACAAGGUUUUGGACCACGAUACAGUACAUUAUAUCUUGAGCAGCGGCUAUUCGCGCAUUCCGGUGCAUAGGCCAGGCAGGCCCAUGGCAUUUGUGGGGUUGCUGCUCAUAAAAAAGCUCUCCGUAUAUGAUCCGUCACAAUGUCUCCCUGUUUCCAAAUUCCCUCUCUCAAUAUUGCCCGAAGCGCAUCCAUCGAUCAAUUGCUUCCAAGCAUUGGACUAUUUUCAAACAGGCCGUGCACAUCUAUUGCUCUUAAGCAACACGCCGGGUCAAGAAGGAGGUGCAAUUGGAGUCGUCACACUCGAAGAUAUUAUAGAGGAAAUCAUCUCAGAAGAGAUUGUGGAUGAGACGGAUAGGUACGAAGAUAAUCAGAGUAAGCGUCGUGCCAGACGCUUGAAAAAUGCGACGGUCAUGCGUGGGAUCGUUGAAUAUCGGGGUAGCCGGGCCAAUUCUCAAUCCACGUUACCUCUUCCUGGUGAUCGUACUCCUCUAUUAGGUGGAAGAAGCAUAGGUCGAGACAUAAGUAUUCCUCGGAAUGGGGCAGUUGAGGUGGAAACGGUGCGUCCUACGAGUACUCUUCGAGAGACUGGGACGCUUGCAGAAUACGGAGGUAUUGCGACUGGGUCGCCGGCGGAUACAUGA